AGAUGAGCCUAGAGCAGCAGCCCCUGAUCAUGUGACUCCUCCUCCUCCAUGUGACUGAUCACCUGACUGUGACAUCAUCACAGUUCCUGUUAGUAAACUUCCUGUACAACUCUAAGGAAGAAGGGAGAAGAUAUGAACACUAUUAAUGUUCCAAAGACAGAUUGGAGCGGUGAUGAGCAGUAUAAAGAAAACAUUCCUACAGGAAAAGAUCCAAUCUAUAUUAACGCUGCAGACAUAAAGGAAGAAGAAGAGACAGAUGUGAGCGGUAAUGAUCAGUAUAUGGAGAACAUUGCUACAGGGAAAGAUCCAAUCUAUAUUAACAAUGCAGACAUAAAGGAAGAAGAGGAGACAGAUGUGAGCGGUAAUGAUCAGUAUAUGGAGGACAUUCCUACAGGAAAAGAUCCAAUCUAUAUUAACGCUGCAGACGUAAAGGAAGAAGAAGAGGAGACAGAUGUGAUCAGUGAUGAGCAGGAUAGGAAGGACAUUCCUACAGGGAAAGAUCCAAUCUAUAUUAACACUGCAGACAUAAAGGAAGAAGAAGAGGAGACAGAUGUGAGCGGUGAUGAGCAGUAUAAGGAGGACAUUCCUACAGGAAAAGAUCCAAUCUAUAUUAACACUGCAGACAUGAAGGAAGAAGAAGAGGAGACAGAUGUGAGCGGUGAUGAGCAGUAUAAGGAGGACUUUCCUACAGGUAACCGUCCAGAUGGCUGUACCAGGAGAUCAGAGGAGAAUCUUAUAUCUUCAGAUUAUAAAGCAGAUGAUGAUAUCACACAAGAUACAUAUGAAGAACAUUCCAUUACCCCAGAUACACCCUCAGCCCUUCACAGCCAAGAUCUGCCAUCUGAUCCUGUUAUACAAGUCCGACCUAAAGAUUCAACUCAGUCUGUUAAACAAAAAAAGGAAAAGCGAUUUUCAUGUCCAGAAUGUGGGAAAUGUUUUUCUUGUAAAUCAAAUCUUGUUAAACAUCAAAGAAUUCACACAGGAGAGAAGCCAUUUUCAUGCUCAGAAUGUGGAAAAUGUUUUACUCAGAAAACACAACUUGUUAAACAUCAAAGAAUUCACACAGGAGAAAAGCUAUUUUCAUGUUCAGAAUGUGGGAAAUGUUUUAGUCAUAAAUCAGGUUGUGUUAAUCAUCAAAGAAUUCACACAGGAGAGAAGCCAUUUUCAUGUUCAGAAUGUGGGAAAUGUUUUACUCAGAGAUCAGGUUUUGUUAAACAUCACCGAAUUCAUACAGGAGAGAAGCCAUUUUCAUGUUCAGAAUGUGGGAAAUGUUUUAGUCAGAAAUCAGGUUUUGUUAAUCAUCAAAGAAUUCACACAGGAGAGAAGCCAUUUUCAUGUUCAGAAUGUGAGAAGUGUUUUACUGAGAAAUCGUUACUUCUUAAACAUCAAAGAAUUCACACAGAAGUAAAGCCAUUUUCAUGUUCAGAAUGUGGGAAGCAUUUUACUCUAAAAACAGAUCUUGUUAAACAUCACCGAAUUCACACAGGAGAGAAGCCAUUUUCAUGUUCAGAAUGUGGGAAAUGUUUUAGUCAGAAAUCAGGUUUUGUUAAUCAUCAAAGAAUUCACACAGGAGAAAAACCAUUUUCAUGUUCAGAAUGUGGGAAGUGUUUUACUCGGAAAACAAUUCUUCUUCAACAUCAAAGAAUUCACACAGGAGAAAAGCCAUUUUCAUGUUCAGAAUGUGGGAAAUGUUUUACUCUGAAAUCAGAACUUGUUACGCAUCAAAGAAAUCACACAGGAGAAAAGCCAUUUUCAUGUUCAGAAUGUGGGAAGUGUUUUACUCUGAAAACAAUUCUUGUUAAACAUCAAAGGAUUCACACAGGAGAAAAGCCAUUUUCAUGUUCAGAAUGUGGGAAAUUGUUUUCUGAGAAAUCGGAUCUUCUUAAACAUCAAAGAUAUCACACAGGAGAAAAGCCAUUUUCAUGUUCAGAAUGUGGGAAGUGUUUUACUCUGAAAACAAUUCUUGUUAAACAUCAAAGAAUUCACACAGGAGAAAAGCCAUUUUCAUGUUCAGAAUGUGGGAAAUUGUUUUCUGAGAAAUCGGAUGUUCUUAUACAUCAAAGAUAUCACACAGGAGAAAAGCCAUUUUCAUGUUCAGAAUGUGGGAAAUGUUUUACUCAGAAAUCACAUCUUGUUAUGCAUCAAAGAAUUCACACAGGAGAAAAGCCAUUUUCAUGUUCAGAAUGUGGGAAGUGUUUUACUCAGAAAACAGAUCUUGUUAAACAUCAAAGAAUUCACACAGGAGAGAAGCCAUUUUCAUGUUCUGAAUGUGGGAAAUGUUUUACUGAGAAAUCAAACCUCUCCAUUCAUCAAAGAACUCACACAGGAGAGAAGCCAUUUUCAUGCUCAGAAUGUGAAAAAUGUUUUAGACAGAAUUCAAAUCUUGUUAAACAUCAAAGAAUUCACACAGGAGAAAAGCCAUUUUCAUGUUCAGAAUGUGGAAAAUGUUUUAGUCAGAAUGGAACUCUAGUUGAACACCAAAGAAUUCACACUGGGGAGAGGCCAUUUUCAUGUUCAGAAUGUGGAAAAGGUUUUAGUCAGAAUUCAAAUCUUGUUAAACAUCAAAGAAUUCACACAGGGGAAAAGCCAUUUUCAUGUUCAGAAUGUGGAAAAUGUUUUAGUCAGAAUGGAACUCUAGUUGAACAUCAAAGUAUUCACACUGGGGAGAGGCCAUUUUCAUGUUCAAGAUGUGGAAAAGGUUUUCUUAAAAAAAUAGAUCUUGUUAAACAUCAAAGAAUUCACACAGGUGAGAAGCUAUUUUCAUGUUCAGAAUGUGGGAAGUGUUUUACUCAGAAAACAGUUCUUGUUAAACAUCAAAUAAUUCACACAGGAGAAACGCCAUUUUCAUGUUCAGAAUGUGGGAAAUUUUUUAUUCAGAAAUCACAUCUUGUUACGCAUCAAAGAAUUCACACAGGAGAAAAGCCAUUUUCAUGUUCAGAAUGUGGGAAGUUUUUUAGUCUGAAAACAGAUCUUGUUAAACAUCAAAGAAUUCACACAGGAGAAAAGCCAUUUUCAUGUUCAGAAUGUCGGAAAUGUUUUACUCUGAAAUCACUUCUUGUUAAGCAUCAAAGAAUUCACACAGGAGAAAAGCCAUUUUCAUGUUCAGAAUGUGGGAAAUGUUUUACUCAGAAAUCAAAUCUUGUUAAACAUCUAAAAACUCACACUGGAGAGAAGCCAUUUUCCUGUUCUGAAUGUGGGAAAUGUUUUACUGAGAAAUGUAAUCUUAUCAAACAUCAAAGAAUUCACACAGGAGAGAAGACAAUUCAGAGCAUUAAAUGAUGCAGAUAAGACAUCUAUAUAUUAACCAUGUACAUAGGAUAUCUGACAUUUAUACAUAUAUCAUAUACUGCAUCUCCAAACUUGUUCCCAAUUGUUAAUAAAAGUUUUCUUUUAGAACGUAGUCACCGAUCCAGCGAUGUCAUCACUAUAGUUUACAUGGUAGGAAAAGAGUGUGAUAUAUGGUUGUGAUAUUCACUGCUCCUCAUGGAGAAGACCCAACAGGCAUAAUCCAUGGGGAGCUGCUACUGGAGACCCAAACACCUCAGAGAGAAGGGACUUAUUCCAGUGAUGAAGAAUUCCAGGACAUGACCAGAUUAGAGACACAAAAUCACUUCUAUCUUCUGGCUUCUAGGACAUUAUUCUGAUGGAAGAACUUUACACUUUAUAAAAAGUCCUAUAGGUGUUGGGGAACAUUUAUAGACAAUUAUCCCAAGUAAUAGAAGUAAUACAGUAACUCACCACUAGGGAUGAGGGAGCCGAGCCCCGGGAACCCAGAUUCAACCUGAAUUUCGGGUUGCAGUGACUCAUAGAAUUUCUGAACAUUUCCAGGUUCAGAUUGCGCGUCCCGGGUAAUUUGUGCGAUAACAACAUGAGGGAUGAAGAACACGUUUUGGCGUUUUGGUGCCCAGAGGAAGCAGGAAGUACAGGGGCAGGGAAAUGGCGUCAGGUUGACCAGCAUUCCUUACAACUAUCACAUGAUCACCCCAGGUUUACGAUGAUUUGCUGGUUUAUAUGUCAGUCAACU